AUGGUCGUGCGCCGUGAGAAAAACAGCUUUGGCAAGCACAUCCAGGCGCAGACCAUCCCCGAGUGGUCCGCUCACUACAUGAGCUACAAGGGUCUCAAAAAGAUAAUCAAAGAGCUCAACGCACCGCUCUCGCCCGGCGUCAACCCGACCGAGGCAUCGAAGCGGCGGCUGCAGACAGUCAAAGCCGCAUUUUUCUUCCAAGUCGACCGUGAGCUCGAAAAGGUCAACCUAUUCUACUUGCGGAAGGAGGCCGACGCCAAGGUGCGGCUAAAGUCGCUCAUCGAAAAGCAAAAGUCUCUCAUUGCACGUGGCCCACGCAACCGCAUAUCCACGAUCCGCGCGCUGCGCGAGGCUUUUAUACACUCGAGGCACGACCUGGAUAAGUUGCAGAAUUUCGUGGAGAUUAACGGCACUGGCUUCAGGAAGAUAUUGAAAAAGUGGGACAAGCGGUCAAAGUCGUCGACGAAGGAGCUAUACUUGGCGAGACAGGUGGACGUGCAGCCAUGCUUUAACCAGGAUGUAAUUGCUGAGUUCUCGGAUACUGUAACAAAGUGCCUCAGUGAGCUGGAGCAUGUGCUGGAGGAGGACACUGAACUUAUGGCGCCGACCGCCAUGCCCAGCCAGCGCGACCUGGUGCCGUCACCCGCAUUCCGCUCUGCACUCUAUCCGCACAUCCUGACGCCGACGCAAGCGCAGCCACAGCCAGAGCUUAAUGUCCAGGAGCAGGAGCAGGGGCAGCAGCUACAGACUGAUCUGUCUGCGCCCAGUAGUGAUGCCACCGGAAAGUUCCCGAGCUUUUUCCGGCGUACUAGCACUACAUUCCUGAUUGACGGUGGCCUGGCUAGCAACAUUCAAAUCGACCGGAUGGAGGCAGAGCUUUUUUACGCGCUGCUGCUGGACUCUACACAAAUUGCAAAGGACAUGUUGGCCACUCUGGUAGCCCAUCAAACUGGGGUGGCCAAACUGUGCGUGACCCGCGUCCUUUGGCGGGCCUGCUCUGAGCUCAAGGACGAAGACAAGCGGCAGCUGCUCCUUAACACGGGGAUGGUGGAUUUUCAAUCGGCCGAUGACAUCAACGAGCGCACACUCGCGCAUGAGGCAGCGAUCCACGGCUCCGCGUGCAUUCUUCGGGCUGCCGUGGCCGCUGGCGUUGACGGCGACAAGGCAGAUUACUAUGGGCGGCGCCCGAUGCAUUACGCGGCGAUCAACGGCCACGCGGCAUGCAUCGAGUAUCUGCUCAACCAGGGCUGCUACAGCGUGACGGCGACUGACGAUGAUGGCGACCGGGCAUUUGACUAUGCAAUUUCCAACGGACAUGCAGAUUGCGUGCAGCUGCUCAUUUCUCAUGACCGCAGCGUAAUCACUGAGGAUGUCCUGGACUACCCUGUGCUCCUCCUCGCUUGCGAGAAGGGCCACGACAACAUUGUGACGCUUCUUUUGGAGGCGGGGUCUGAAAUCAUGGCCAACUCGCAGGGUGUGCAUCCGGCCCAUGUUGCGGCCAGAACGGGGUCGGUUAAUAUUUUACGCUUGUUGCUUGAGCACGGCGCGCCGGUUGAUGUGGCCGACAAGGAUCUAGGGUGGACACCAGUGUUUUAUGCGGCAAGCGAGGGUAACAUCGGCUGCAUCCGUAUCCUGGUGGACGCUGGAUGCGAUCUGGGGGUGACGGAUGAGAACAACCGGCCGCCGGUGUACUAUGCAGCCUAUGAGGGUCAUUUGGAUAGCGUCGAUCUUUUGCUUGAGGCGGCCAGCAGAAGCACUGUGGCGAGUCGCCGCGCGGACGGCGAGGCCACUGAUGUUGCCAGCGUGCUCCCCACUGUCGAAGAGCAGGAGCAGAUCCAGCUCCAGACGCAGACAGGUGGCGACGGAAACGAUGACAUGGCAGAGUUGGAUCUCGACGGCAUUCCGUCACUCUCGUUGCCGCCGCCUUUAAUCCCGUUCCGCGUCUACGGCCACAAUUUCUUGGGCAAGCGCACGCAAAUCCAGAUCCGCAUGAUGUCUCGGCGAGGCAUGGACAGGCAGCCGGUAACGUUCUUCGAUGACUGUGACAUGAUGUCGUUAAAGCUAGUCGUAAUGGCCAAGCCAGAUGCCGGCAUGGUGCCACAUACCGUGAUGCUGCCGCUGGAGUCGACCAGCACGACGUUUGGGUUCCAGACCGACGACUCGACGAAAUUCCGGCUCGAGUUUUUCCUGUAUCCGAGCUUUGGUCUGCAGCCCAUCGGGAAGGCUGUGGCGCUGCCUAGCUUGUUCAACAGUGGGUCGUCUAGCAGCAGCAGCAACAGCAGCGGUAUUGCGCGGCUGCCGCUGCUUGACCGGUAUCUUAAACUGGUGGCUGAAGUGACAUUUGAGUUCCUUGUUGUGCGGCCGUUCGAGGGCGCGCAGCUGCAGAUCGGCGGCAAGGUUGAGACAUACUGGAAG